AUGCUUCAGUCCAAAUUAACAUCAACCCUUACAUAUACAUUGACAAAUGUAGUUUCCUCAUAUACCACAAUUACCUAUGCAAUUGAAACAAAUGAAAUAUAUUAUAUUUCUGUUUCAUCUACUCCAACUAUGUUUCCGGUAUAUACAGAAACCGAUUUUACAACCUAUGAUACAAUCCCAUCAACCUAUCCAUUACCAGAAAGCACCAUUAUUCUUCCACAGGAUAAAACGAAGAAUCUUCUAGAUAGAACAAAUACUUAUGUACCAACGUUCGAGUCAAAAGAAACAAUUGUUCAUAAACCAAUUCCAUAUCAAUUAACACUUAAUUCAAGUACACUCUAUAUGUACUCCACUGAAACAACGAUUUACACUAGCACUUAUACAGCAGAUAUAAAUAGUUCAGUCAUAUUUAAAUACACUGAAGUUACAACUUACACAGAUACUAUCAUUUCAUAUAAUCCAAUCAAUCAUCAAGAUGGGGAAUUAAAUGUUACAAGUUAUUCAUUCAUAGAUGUCAAUACUACAACUAGAACAGUAGUAUUCAAUGUAAAGGAGACACAACUGGAAAUUAAAACAAUUUCAUAUAAACUUUUAAAUAGCGUUUUAACAAUUUCAAGUGCUGAAAAUAAUAGUAUUAAUACAUAUGUUUGGGAUGCAUCACAAGUAGCUUCUGGUGCCUUUUAUUCAACCUAUGCUUACUUUGAUACAGAGACAGUCUUUGUAACAAAGAAUAAUGAAACAUAUUCUGGAACAUGGACUUCUACUCUUGUUCUUACAUUGUCAGCAACGAAAGCAAUCACAGACACAUUUGUACUUUAUCCUUCUGCUUCACAAACUGUAGUUCCUUAUAAUUUUAUAUCAAUAUCAACAGAUACAUAUACUGAAUACAUCAUAGAUGGAGCAUCAAAGACUUCGGGAUCUCAAAUAGAUAUAAUGCCAAGUCCAACUCCUCCACUCGGUUAUGCGUGGGGCCUUUUAGAGUCCUAUAAGACCAAAUACACAAAUACAAUUGUCACUGAAUAUAUUAAGACUUUCACUGCAUUGAAUCCUGGAGAAAAUGUUCAAAUGCCAACUAAUGUUUCAACUAGUUCAUUUAUUUUAAGUUUAUCGAAUAAUUCUGUUAUUAAAAUUGAAACUAUGGUUCCAACUAUAUCAACAACAAUAUAUAUAAAUACUGGUACUAAAUUGACAUUUGUUAUGGGAGAUACAAUAACAUAUAUAAUGAAGGAUACCAAUACUUUCUUAUCAACAAUCAUUAGUGGGACAUUUAAAUAUGCUGAUAUUUCAUUUACAUCAAAAACUUCUACAAUUCCAAAAUAUAUUGAAACAACUAUUUCAUCAAUUACAGUUACUUGGACAUCAUUUCCAUUUAAGUUGACAGAUAUUCCUACUUACACACUAGUUCCAUCAAGUAUAUACACAGUUAUCAAAUUACCAAAUGAAACAAACAUAACAACAUUUACAUACACUUUAGUAAACACAAUCACAAGCCUCCGAACACAAUUAACAGACGGAUACACUAUGUUAUCAACUAUUCAACAAAUGACUGCAAGUACUAUUAUUCCUACUAAUGGAAGUAAAAAUACAUAUAUAGUAAGUCUUACUCUUACUCCUGCACCGACACUAAUAAAAACUCCAAGUUCAACACCAAGAAAACCAAUUCCAUUGAGAACGCUGGAUCCAACGAUGACUCCAAAACGACCAAUACUGAUCCAGGAACAGAUUCAAGACUUACUUUAA